AUGAGAUCAGAUCCAAGCAAAAGAAAUUCAGAUUUCUGGUGCGAGUUUCAUAACGAUCAUGGCCAUAGAACAUCAGAUUGUAGAAUUCUGCAAGGAGAAGUCGAGCAACUGUUGAAGCAAGGUUAUCUUAUUGAUUUGUUCAGUGAGAAAGGAAGACAAUCAUAUAUGAAGAAUAAACAAGAGCCCCAAAAACCUCCAUCACCACAAAGAACAGUCAACGUAAUAACUGGGGGAGAUGAGGUUAAUGGAGUAACAUAUACAACUGCAAAAAAGAUGUCAAAAAUCAUGGUUACUCACGGAAAGCGAGUUCUCCAGGUCUUGGAUGGUGACAGUAUAACAUUCGAUGAUGAGGAUGUAGACGACUUGAUAAUUUCUCACAACGAUACAUUGGUUUUAGCAGAUUUUGUAGCGGAUUUUAGCACGAAUUUAGUUCCUGAAGCAGAAAAGGAACUACAGGUGUUUACCGGAGCUAAUCCGGGGACUUGGAUCCUAUUUACCGAUGGUUCUUCAAAAGUUAAAGGAGCAGGUUUAGGAAUUAUUCUGAUUCCACCUUCAGGGGAAGUCAUAAGACAAGUAAUAAAAUGUUAUCCAAUUACUAACAAUGAGGUAGAGUACGAAGCUGUGAUUGCAGGUUUGGAAUUGGCACGAGAACAUGGUAUAGAAUAA